GGCGCUUUGAAAUGACGCUGUUAGCAAGCGCGUUUGAAACACAUGGCUGCCGUACAAGUGAGCGAAGCGGAGAAAGUCUAUAUUAUGCAUGGAGUUCGAGAUGACCUGAGGUUGGAUGGAAGAGGAUGUGAGGACUACAGACACAUCGAGAUCGAGACAGAUGUUGUGUCUAACACAGAUGGCUCUGCCAAAAUCAGUCUUGGUCACACGGAUGUUCUUGUUGGAGUGAAGGCAGAGAUUGGUAAACCUAAACCAAUGGUACCAAAUGAAGGUUUUCUUGAGUUCUUUGUUGACUGCUCUGCUAAUGCUACCCCUGAGUUUGAGGGGCGUGGUGGGGAGGAGUUGGGGGUGGUGCUUAGUAACACGCUCUAUAAAGUGUUCAACAACAGACACAGUGUGGACCUGCGUUCGCUCUGCAUCUCUCCGGGAGAGCACUGCUGGGUGUUGUACGUGGAUGUCCUGCUCCUGCAGUGUGAUGGAAACCUGUUUGACGCCAUAUCUGUCGCAAUAAAAGCUGCACUCUUCAACACACGAAUUCCUAAAGUGCACAUAUCUGAGGAUGAGGAGGGUUUGAAGGAGAUCGAGCUGUCAGAUGACCCUUACGACUGCAUGCGGCUCAAUGUGGAGAACGUUCCAUGUAUCGUGACCCUGUGCAAGAUUGGUCACAGGCACGUGGUGGACGCGACCCUGCUGGAGAAAGCGUGUUCAGUGGCCAGUCUGCUGAUCUCAGUCACACACAGAGGGACGGUCACAUGUGUGAGGAAGAUGGGAGGAGGCAGUCUGGACCCAGAGAGCAUCUUAGAAAUGACGGAGGCUGGUAAGCGUGUGGGAAAGACUCUCCAUGCUCCUCUCAUGGAACUACUCCAGAAAGAAGAAAGUCUUGGCAAAAAACGAGAGAAAGUGGGAUUCCUCGGAUAACAUCAUGCUCGCUCACAUUUGUGUCUCCUUUUUUUUUUGUUUUUAAAUAAAUGCCAUUAAAU